AGUAGAUUAGUACGGAAUAAAUACUUGUAUAAUGGCUCGCACCAAGCAAACUGCCCGAAAAUCGACCGGUGGCAAAGCGCCUCGCAAGCAGCUGGCUACCAAAGCUGCUCGUAAAAGUGCACCAGCCACCGGUGGUGUAAAAAAGCCACAUCGUUAUCGCCCCGGUACAGUUGCACUUCGUGAGAUCCGCCGCUACCAAAAAAGCACUGAGCUAUUGAUUCGCAAACUGCCAUUCCAGCGUUUGGUUCGUGAGAUAGCUCAGGACUUUAAAACUGAUUUGCGAUUCCAAAGUUCAGCGGUAAUGGCAUUACAGGAAGCUAGCGAAGCCUAUCUGGUUGGUCUUUUUGAAGAUACAAAUUUGUGCGCAAUUCAUGCCAAGCGUGUUACAAUCAUGCCCAAGGACAUUCAAUUGGCCAGACGUAUUCGUGGUGAACGUGCAUAAGUUGAAAUUGCAGCGCUUCAUUUUCCAAAUUAUAAAAUCAAUAAUCGGUCCUUUUCAGGA